GGGCUGCGGGGAGUCAGGUUUCAGUGUUUGAGUCCCAACGAGGACUGAGGCUGCCUUUGUCUCAUUUGGAACUGCAGGCAGUCGGGGGGAAAUACGACCGAGUGAGCGAGUGAAGGGGGUGAGCGAGCGUCCGAAACGAGAAAGUGAGUGAGAUAGUGCGGGGCUCCAUCGCUCCUCGCCGCUGACUUGUGUCAAUAAGAAGACACGCUUCCCUGAGGAUUUAAUCGUCAUUUUGAGGAUGAUGUCCUGUGUCAGCCUGUGGUCCCUCGCUCUCGUCCUGUGGAAUUGCCAUUCAACGACUGCGUUCCUGGAAGAGCGGGGUACCAAAGGCCAGCUGGACCUGACGGAGCUGAUCGGAGUGCCCCUCCCCCCAGCCGUGGCCUUCAUCACGGGCUUCGAGGGCUUCCCCGCGUACAGCUUCAGCCCCGGCGCCAACGUGGGCCGGCUGGCGCGCUCCUUCAUCCCCGACCCCUUCUUCGCCGACUUCGCCAUCGUCGUCACCGCCAAGCCCGCCACCCGCCGGGGCGGCGUCCUGUUCGCCGUCACCGACGCCAUGCAGAAGGUGGUGCGCCUGGGCGUGGCGCUGGCGCCGGUGGAGGACGGCACGCAGCGGGUGGUGCUCUACUACACGGAGCCGGGCGCCGGCGCCACCCAGGAGGCGGCGUCGUUCAAGAUGGGCGAGCUGACGGGCCGCUGGGCGCGCUUCACGCUGGCCGUGCAGGGCCCCGAGGUGCGCCUCUACAUGGACUGCGAGGAGUACCACCGCGUGGCCUUCCAGCGCGGCGCCGGGACGCAGCUCACCUUCGAGCCCAGCUCGGGCAUCUUCGUGGGCAACGCCGGCAACACCGGCCUGGAGAGGUUUGUGGGUUCCAUCCAGCAGCUGGUGCUGACCCCUGACCCCCGGGCCCCAGAUGACCAGUGUGAGGAGGACGACCCCUACGCGUCUGGCUAUGGAAGUGGGGAUGACACGGAUGACGCAGAUGACACUGAGACCAUGGACGAGGUGAAGAAGCUUGUGGAAGAGAGAGAAUACACCAUGCCAGAGGACUUCCUGACCACGCCCGUCCAGGCCCCGCCCACUGAAGCAUCCUCAGACGAUGAGGACCUCGAGGAGGAGACGUCUGGUCAGGCCAUCGACCUGCCCGAUGAGAGAGCCACAGAACACACUGCCAGGCUGGACACAAGUCACACAGAAACCCAUAUGAGGCCUAGUAUGAAAGGAGAGAAGGGGGACCCUGGCCCCUCAGGUCCUCCAGGUCCCCCCGGGCCUGCGGGCCGUUCCACCCCAGCUUCAGGCACCAGUUCUGGGUCAGGAGAUCCUGGCCCCAGGGGGCCUCAAGGACCCUCAGGGCCACCAGGGGUCCCAGGAAUUCCUGGCAAAAAUGGAGAGCAUGGUGUGCGGGGCAAAGAUGGGGACCCUGGACAGGCUGGUCCUCAGGGCUUCCCCGGGCUCCCAGGAGACGCAGGACCCAAAGGAGAGAAGGGUGAUGCUGGUGUUGGACGUCCUGGACCCCCUGGCCUCCCCGGCCCCCCAGGAAAACCAGCCUCCUUCAAAUACAUGGAGGGUGUGGAAGGCUCUGGGUUUGAGGACUUUGACAGUGACACGGAGGUGGUCAGAGGACCCCCUGGACCUCCAGGGCCCCCAGGAAAGCCUGGCCCUCCAGGCCCAUCUCAGGAACUCCUUCCUGGGCAGCCAGGACCAACGGGAGCCCCUGGGAGAGAUGGGAAGGAUGGGGAGAUGGGUAAACCUGGCCUACCUGGGGCUGAUGGUCGUCCAGGUGAUCAGGGCCCUCCAGGCGAGAAGGGUGACAUAGGUUUAACGGGAAUUCAAGGACCAAAGGGUGACCCGGGCCUAAGCGGACAGCCCGGCCUCCCAGGACCUAUCGGUCCACAGGGGCCCGCUGGAGCAGCCGGCCCGCCAGGCCCUCCCGGCCCCCCGGGGCCACCAUCACCCGGCUUCAAAUUCAACCUGGAGGACUUUGAGGGAUCUGGGGAGCUGGGAAGCGCCAUGGGAGCAGUGUUGCCCAGGGGUCCACCCGGACUUCCUGGACAGCCAGGUGUUAUAGGACUUAAGGGAGAGAGAGGUGCUGAUGGGAAACCCGGACUCUCUGUGAAGGGAGACCCCGGUGAAAGAGGACCUGCGGGUGAAUCUGGAAUACCUGGAUUACCAGGAGCAAAGGGUCAAGCAGGAGAAGCGGGCGAUUCUGGACUGAAGGGCGAGCCUGGCAGAGAUGGACUCGGCCUCGUCGGACCACCGGGUCCUCCAGGACCACCAGGACCCAUCAUCAACUUUCAGGACUUGAUGCUCAACGACACAGAAGGACUCUUCAACUUCUCAGGGAUCUUGGGGCCACAGGGACCAGUGGGACCAAGGGGUCUUAAAGGAGAGUCAGGAAUCCCUGGAGUUCAAGGACCUCCAGGCCUUAAGGGUGAGAGAGGAGAGCCGGGGAUCACCAUGGCUGCUGAUGGAUCUCUAAUGAGCGGCGGACCAGUGGGACCAAAGGGAGUCAAGGGGGAUUCUGGAAUGACUGGACCAAGGGGAGAAAUGGGCCCUAUUGGACCUGUUGGACCGAAGGGAGAGUUUGGGCUACCGGGACGUCCGGGUCGCCCGGGAAUAAACGGAUUCAAAGGAGACAAAGGAGACACCAUGUUCAUGCAGGGCCCACCAGGGCCUCCAGGGCCCCCAGGACGACCCGGGAUGUUCAACUGCCCUAAAGGAACAGUGUUUCCGGUCCCCCCACGACCGCACUGCAAAAAAGGCGUGAAUGGGGAUUCUAAUGCAGAGGGCGCCCCCUGUCUGUCCAGUGGCGCCAAAGGACAGAAAGGGGACAGGGGUAUGGCCGGUAUACCAGGAAUACCUGCUCCUGCAAUCGCUAUUCUUCCCAAGGGAUUCUCGCCAAACAGAGGUGAUCUGGGCUAUGGUGGAGAAAAGGGGGAGAAAGGGGACCCUGGGAUGCGAGGUCCACCUGGCCAUCCUGGGAGGUCUGGACUGGUGGGGCCUAAGGGCGAGUCUGUUAUGGGCUCCAGGGGACACCCUGGACUUCCCGGCCCACCUGGGGUGCCUGGUUAUGGGAGAGAAGGACCUACUGGACCCCCUGGACCUCCAGGGCCUCGUGGACCCGCAGGUUAUGGUUCAGCGAUGGCUGUCCCAGGACCACCUGGUCCUCCAGGUCCCCGGGGGUCGCCUGGCGUCUCAGGGGGCUCCACUGGGGUGAAAACGUAUCCCAGUCUUCAGUCCAUGACUCAGAGGUCCUACCUAGAUCUCGACGGCACCAUGUACUUUGUGACGGACACAGGCAGACUGUACCUCAAGGUUCCGGGAGGGUGGAAAGAAAUCCAGCUGGGGAAGCUGCUGGAAGCCCAGUCUCCCCUUAUUGUCCCACAAGACGAGGCUCGUCCCCGGCCCCAGAGUCCCGGCUUGAGCAGCAGCGUGCCCCAGAUCUACGAGGGCCAGGCGCUCAAACUAGUGGCUCUGAACACCCCCCUCACCGGUAACAUUGGUUCACUGACCGCCGCCGACCAAGCCUGCAGAGCCCAGGCCCAGGCCAUGGGCAUCCGAGACCAGUACCGGGCCUUCCUGUCCAACCAUCUCCAGGACCUGGCGGACCUCAUUCACACCCAGUACCGACGCACCCUGCCCAUCGUCAACCUCAGGGGAGAAGUCCUGUUUGAUAACUACGAGCACAUCUUCACCAAGAGCAGCGCUCUUCCGCGGGGGAUCCCACUCUUCUCGUUUGACGGACGGGACGUCAUGAGUGACCCCUUCUGGCCCCAGAAGGCCAUCUGGCAUGGCUCAUCUUCUCAGGGCCGGCGUCUGCAGGAGAAGAACUGCGAGUCGUGGCGGGCGGGCGACAUGGCCAUCGUGGGCCAGGCCUCCUUCCUCUACACGGGGCUCCUGAACCAGCAGAGCCGCAGCUGCUCCAACCAGUUUGUGGUGCUGUGCGUGGAGAGCAGCCCGGAGCCCAGCUCCUACCAGGAGGUCCGCAGAGGAGCGCGCGCCUACGCUUACUACUACAGGAGCCCGCUCAGUUCACACAGAUCCUAACUAACUCACACACACACACACACACACACACACACACACACAGACAUGCUCACACGCCAUCCACCAACAUAUCACUCGCCACCUUUUUCACCAUUAUCAUCACCAUCAUCAUCAUCAUCAUCAUCAUCGCCAUUGGCCACUGACUACAGCUCCAAGCGCUCUGGACAAAGGUGUAAAUAUAUGUAAAUGUACUGAUUGCCAUGAUACCACGACCUAUGACCCCAUGACCUAUGACGUCACGUCACAACCCCAGCUCUCUCCUCAGCGUGUGUGUCAACUGUUGAGAUGGUGCUACAGAAAAGCAGGCUGUGGAGAAAGAAACUCCUCAAAUGCAGCUAUGAGUCUGGCAUUCAGGAACAGCCCCCUGGACUUCAUGAUAGAUCGCCGUCCUCAAGGUCAAGGGGGCUCCUCUCAUUUGUUGCAUUUUGGUUUGUUUCAUGUUUUGUUUUGUUUUGUUUUUUCUGUUUUGGCCUCCCGGUUCAUGGUUUUGUCUUCACAGUUCAACGGAGAGUGCUGUUCUUUCACCCUUGACGAGAAAUACCAGCUUGGAGUCCCCCUAAAGUCAUUUCUAUGCACUGUAGUUUUACUUUUUUUCUACUGUUUGUUUUUCUCAACAAAGGCCUUUUUACAUCCAGAAAUAUCUUUUUAUGAGCAACAAAGAUUUCUCUCAGUAUUUAAUUUAAUUUCAAUGUUUUAUUUAUACCGUGACCGCACAUAAUCUGAAUGUCAAAUGAUUUAGGAUAAUUAUGUAAUUUAUAGUUCCACUCGUUCAAAUGGACUGUGGUCCAUUUUGCCUCUUGUUGAUUUGUUUUGUACAGCAUUGGUUUUGAUUAAAUCAGAUCAGCUUUUUUUUAUUUAAUUAAAUGACAUGACUGCAUUUGUUAGAAAUAUUCCUCCCAAGAAAUUAUGAACUUCAGAGAGAGAAAGGUUACUUUUUAAUGCAAAAGAGUAUUUAACAACAUAUGAGAGGGAGAUUGUGUUUUAUACAUGAACUGGUGCCUGUUGAAUAAAUGUUUUUUUCCAGA